ACAUGCGAACGGUGUAGAGUUAGGGAGGUUUUCGGCGAAUGUGUACAAUCUGCAUUAUUUAUUGUAUCAUAGAUAUUUGAAGGUAACCAUAAUCGAGAGAAGGCAUGUGUUUAGUGAUUGGUCUGCUGAUUCAUCUGUCAAACUUCAUUGGUUUUGGUUUGGUCAUCGGUAUCAGAUUUCGAGGAUUUAUAUUUAUUACCGUAUCAAAUCGAUUGAGAAUAUAAACAAAAUGCAGAACCCUAAUGAGGAUACCGAAUGGAACGAUGUCCUUCGUGCGAAGGGUAUCAUACCCCAAAAGGAGAAGGAGGUCUCCGAGGACGAUAUCGUGAAUAUGAUAGAGCAAACCAUCCAACAGAAACAAGCAGAGAAGGACAAACAACUAUCAGAACUUGACUUGGAUGAGCUUGAUGAGCUUGAGGACUCUGAAGAUGAGGCAGUUCUCGAGGAGUAUAGGAGAAAGAGGAUAGCUGAGAUGAAACGGCUUUCGGAGAAACCUCGGUUCGGUGAAGUUCGGGAAGUGUCAGGGACAGACUAUGUGCAGGAGGUGAACAAGGCUGGGGAGGGUAUAUGGGUUGUCAUACACUUGUAUAAACAUGGCAUUCAACAGUGUGCCCUUCUAAACCAGCACAUGAAGGAGUUGUCCAUGAAGUAUCCAUACACAAAGUUCCUGAAGGCAGUGGCACAGACUUGCAUCCCCAACUUCCCUGAACGCAACCUGCCCAGCGUGUUUGUGUAUUUUGAGGGCGACAUGAAGAAGCAGUUUGUUGGUCCCCAUGAGUUGAGGGGCACGUCUCUUACCUGUGAUGAAUUCGAAUACAUCCUCGGACAAGCAGGUGCAGUGGAGACGAAAAUAACAGAAGAUCCAAGACCGAAAAUCAAGGAUAAAAUGUUCACUGACCUAGGCAACAAUGAUUGGUGACCCUAGCAUUUAUUUUAGUAGCCAUUUUCAAGAGUACUGAAUGGCAAUAAUGUGACACAUUUUUAAGAUGUUUUUCUUAGUGUUAAGAUCGAAUGACAAAUGCUUGAGAGCGCGGGUUUGUUUCGCUUGAGAUGUAUUUUUUUAUUUUUGUUGCAAUGAGAUUAUAGUUAAGAGUAUCACAAUUUAUAGGUCACUUUUCGACUGAAGCCGAAGUGACGGGCUGGUUAAAUUAACUUAUAUUUCACUGGUUUUGUACCCAACUUUGCCCUGGUAAGCGUUUCUAAGGAUAAAGGUCACGCUAUAUAUUAUUCUAGGAUAGAAGUAACCUACGUGCAUACCAAAUUUAAUUUAAAUCAGUUUGGUCCUUUUUGAUUUUAUCACAUUCAGACAGACAAACAUGGUGGGAGACUUUGUUUUAUAUUAGUAAGGCUUCUUACAGAACAGCUCACUUUAGCCACAAGCUUCACUAAGUCGAAGGCUCUAGAAGUCACUCACAUCAGUUAGUUUUUCAUAAUUUUUGGAUAUGCAUUUCAUUAGUUUUGAAUCUGCAAUAAGUUGCUAGUGUAGGUCUACAGAUGUAUUAUUCCGUUUAAGAUAUUAAGUGACAAUAUUUAUUUAAAAUGAGGAGAAGGGUACCGUUACACAGUAAAUGAUUUUAUGUUCACAUUCAUUAAUUUAUGAAGUUAUGUUAAAAAGUUUUAUUUUUACCAAAGAAGUCUGUGGAGCCCAUAACCAUAACAUAAAAAAAAUAUUAUAAUUACAAUGGUGCUGUGUAAUAAUAAAAUAACU